CGAAAUAUUUUUAUUCGGAGUUGAAUAUUGAUGAUGGCAGUUUAAUCGUUUCUUCAAUUGAAUAAUUUUGCUUUAAGUUGUGGACUGUUCUUUAAAUCCUUAAUCACGGAUUAAAAGAGUAAGAAAAGUGAACAAAUGUAAAUUAGAUAUAAUUACAUAGUAAAUUCAACGAAUUUAUGGUUGAAAUUCGCUUAAAAUACGUGAAGAGCGUUUGCGGAAUUACACAAACAAAGAAAAAACUAAUUCGAACAGACGGAAGCGCGAGAAACCCAAAAGCUCGUUAUAAUAACUCAGCAUAAACGCUACAACAACAAAUCGCUCUUGAUGCAUGCUAUUUCUCUAUGAAUUAGUUAUCGCCGCUCUUUAUUGUCUAAGCUAAAGUAAACACCUAAGAUACUGAAACAAUUUUCCAACACUUGCAUCCUUCGAACAACGGUAUUUUAAAUGUCACAACAUUUGAAAAAGAAUUCGCCUACUAGCCGAAAUCGUAAGCAACAACAACAUCAAACACAAAAUGCAGACAGUGUAAAACAAAAAGCAAAUGCCUCAGGCAACCAAUUAACUGCCAAUAGAAAGUCGAAUGGCGGUGUACCUUGGUCCAGUAACAGCUCCUCCACGCCUAGUGGUAGCAUCACGUCAUCCGUUUCGGCACCCGCGCUUAUGCGUAAAAAAUCACAAACCAAACUGCAAAAGGAGAAGGAACGCGCGGAACGUGAGACGCUAGUGCUAUGGCGUCGACCAGUUCAGACAGUGAGGUAUUGUGGCCUGGAGUUAGUGACGCUAGCCCAGACUUCGGGCAAGCGUUUACUACAACAACGUGGUUUGCUUGCGGCACUCCUAGUUUUAGGUACUAUAUUUAGUUUUAUUUAUUAUUUACCGGGUCCACAUCAGCUGGUUUUGGAUGUGGUACGCCGCAAUACUUGGUUUUUCAUCUACUGGACCGGUUUGGGUGUACUCUCCUCGGUGGGUCUGGGAACGGGACUGCACACAUUUUUGUUGUAUCUGGGACCACAUAUAGCUAGUGUAACACUAGCUGCAUAUGAAUGCAAUUCGUUAAAUUUUCCGCGACCACCAUAUCCCGAUGAUAUUAUCUGCCCGGAGGAGCCAUAUGCAAAGAAAGUGCCAAAUCUUUGGAUGAUUAUGAGUAAAGUGCGCAUGGAAGCUUUCCUUUGGGGUGCGGGCACCGCUUUGGGCGAACUGCCACCUUAUUUCAUGGCAAAGGCAGCACGCCUUUCUGGCUAUGAUCCCGACGAUGCCGAGGAGUUGGCUGAAUUCGAGGCGUUGAAAGCCAAACGUAAUCAAAAGAAUUUGAGUUUAAUGGAUAAGGGCAAAUUAUUUAUGGAACGUGUUGUAGAACGUGUUGGCUUUCUGGGCAUUUUAGCAUGUGCAAGUAUUCCCAAUCCGUUAUUUGACUUAGCCGGCAUUACAUGCGGUCACUUUUUGGUGCCAUUCUGGACUUUCUUCGGUGCUACGCUUAUUGGCAAGGCCAUUAUCAAAAUGCACAUACAAAAAGUUUUUGUUAUUAUUGCUUUCAAUGAGGCGCUUAUUGAACGUGCUGUUGAUGUGCUCGGCAAGUUACCCAUAUUGGGUAAAAAACUGCAGGAGCCGUUUAAAGGCUUCCUUAACAAUCAGAAAAAGCACUUGCACCGCGAACGUCAACCGGCGGCUGAGUCUGGUAACUUACUGUCAAAGGUGUUUGAGACGUUUGUCAUCUGUAUGGUUUGCUACUUCAUAAUCUCGAUUGUUAACUCAUUGGCGCAAAGUUACCAUAAGCGUUUGCAUAAGAAACAUGUUAAAAAAGUGAAGAAACCGAUAGCAAAGGAUUAGGUGGUAGCGAAGUAGAUGUAAGAACAGGCUGCAGUUUGAGGGCGGUGGUUGUAGUGUCGUUUGGAAGAUUAUGGAGAGCGUAAAAAAUAAAAGGAGUAGUGAAAAUGACUGAAUUAUUUUGGCAUUGUGUUGUUGCAUUGAAAGCGGUGGGUGCGGCGCCUAUCACUUGCAUUAACAAUACAAUAUUCUAUACAAAUUGACUAUAUGCCCACUAAUGUUGUGUUUAGCUAAAUUCCUAAUUAAGAUAAGAUGAGCAAUCAUCGUUAUGAAUUGAAUUAUAACAAAAAAAUAAUAUAAGACAUCAUCAGCGCAAAUGACUGCCGACAGUCAAGAUGGUGCCGUUGAUGAAUUAGUUAAUUUUUUUAUGUGAAUGCUGUUUUACUAUAAAUUUUACAAUGUGGUUUAAGUUUAUCGCAAUAACAGUAGAAUUUCAGCAGUUAUGCAGCCUUAUGCUAAUUAAGUCAUAAGCAGCUAGUCCUAAUUUGUAUGUGUGCGUGUACAAAAAAUAUAGGAAAAGUACGUCUCAUAAUGAAAUUCAAUUAAUUUUACAUCAAAUUACACAUAUGUAUAGGUAUGUAUAAGAAUAUAUGAGUGUGUAUUGUGUGCAUUUAUUUUAGUGUAAAUGAAAUUUAUUUUCGUGUACCAAAAUAUAGCGGAGCAAGGACGAAUAGAAAUUAGUAUAGAAAAGCAAGUAGUGUGGAGAAAUAAAAGAAAGGAGUAAAUAAAAAUUACAGUUAUAUGUAGUCGCGUUGCAGUUGUAUUCUAGCAUUAGUUGCGUGAUAAAAAAUUUUAAUUAAUAAAAACUAAAUUAAAUUAAAGUAA